UUGGAUUUGACCGUACUCGGUCUAUGAGUGUAUCUGGAUGAUGCAUGAAUUAUUUAUGUAUUGUGUGACGUGGGGAGUGCAAGCCAACUCUAUUUAUCCAUGUCUUAUUUAUUACAUGGGAUGUUUGUGAAGAUGACCCUUCUUGUGACAAAACCACUAUGCGGUUAUGCCUCUAAGUCGUGCCUCGACACGUGGGAGAUAUAGCCGCAUCGUGGGCGUUAUAAUAGGUUGUACCUAUCUUUUUGUUAGUGUGGUUUAAUUCCUUGUAUUUAUUGUUGCUAAUAAUAGCAUUGUUUUUUGCUUCAUUACUAUGAAUCAGGGUCCUGUUGUUGGCGACGAGCCUUGUUCGACCAUUGGUGAUGUUCCUUUGAAUUUUAGUACCAGCAAGAUCGAUGAUGUUGCUGUGAAUGCUACUAAGAUGACUGAUGUUGAGCGUGAGGCUGCCGUUAGUGGUGGAGAUGAUUCUUGUGGUGUUCCAUUGAGUAGUGGGCGCGAUGUUGGUACCAAAGUUGCUGAUGAGGAUGUUGGUGCUGCCAGCAUACUUGAUGCCAAAUCGUCUGGUGUUGGUAUUGCUGGGAAUGAAAAUCUUUCUGAUUGUGAAGAUUUGCUGCUGAAAAAUUUCCCACCUGGAGGGCUUGAUUAUGGCGAUGCAUUGCAAGAUGCCUCUAGCAUGGAGGAGGUGCCAUCUGAGGAUGGUGAUUUACUUCUGUCGAUUUCUUCUAGCCCCUUGACGCAGGAGGUGCUCCUAUCGUCCCAUGAUUUUUCUUCAGACCCUGAAAGCACAACCAUAUUGCUGUCCUCACAAUAUCUUCCAUCAUCAAACCCUGAAACUGGAGUUAUAUUGGUGUCAUCAUAGGAACUCCCGUCGUCAAACACUGAGAGUGCAGAAGGUGCUAAUGUUGCUAAGGUUGAUUUGUUUUUCUUCGCUAUUACGAGGUUGCACACGAACCGUGGGAAACGAUUAGUUUGGGGUUUUGCCUGUAUCAUUUUCGUCUCUUUUUCUUUCUCUCAUAUGACUAUUGUUGUUAUUGCAAUAGUUUUAAUCCAUGUCCUCUUUUGUGUUUUCCUAGUGACAAGCCGAUGUUUCAAAAUAGCGAAUGUGAUGCCAGUGUUGGUUCUAUUGCUAAAGCGUUUGUCCCCACUGGCAUGCUCAACUCAGACAGUGCUCGUGUUGUUUUAUAUUCUCUAUGUCAGAAGUACCUUGACACUGACAAGUUGAUAGUUCCCAGAUGGGUGAUGACCAAGAUCCAUGAUGGGAAUAUUGCUGCCAAUGUGCUACAGUGGUUCAUGAGAUCAGGGGCUGAUGGUUUUGACCAAAUUCUUUUCCCUACUUUUGAUCCGCCGUCAUUUGUGGCUGCCAUGAAGCCUAGUGAAGAAUCUGGGCAUUGGUGCUUGAUUGUUCUGAAUUUGAGGUUUCGUCAUCUCGAGUGUCUUGAUUCACUCCGCGAUGAAAGUUGGAGUGACACAGUUAGAUUCUUUAGGACUAUGACAGAUAACAUAAAGAAGCUCUGGAGGGAGUCCAGCGUAUACAAGGCCAAACUGUUCUUGCCGGCGCAUAUUGAUGGUUUCUCUUGCGAGUUUGUGCGGGCGCCGCGGGAGCAAAACACGUGAGUAUCCGUUUUUAUUGAUUUUUUAGUUGUUUUUGUUGCUGGGAGGAUGGUGUUCCUGUAUUUUCAAUAUUUUUGUUGUGUUCCUGUAUUUCGAAUUUGUGAUGUAUGUCGGCGUCCUGCGAAUGGAGGUACCUAGACUUGCCUGCCUGCGGCCCAGGGCGUGGCUCCACCAACAGCCUGGUAGAGCCCAUCUUCACCAGCAACCACUCAAGACCCUCGUGAGGGUCCAAGCCUUGCGAGGAGGACGACACCAAGACCUCCUAUGGGGCGGCCUCGCUAGGCUGGCUCCCAAGGAGCGGAGAUAUCAAUGCCAGGGGCACCUCGCGAGGUCUGCAUGACGUGAUCCAUG